CGUCUUCUUCCCGAUUCCCACUAUGAUCCCCAUCUCAGAUUUCUCUCGCCUGUUUUUCACUUCUGCUGGUAUCUUUGCAAUUGUUUGGUAUGCAUGGACAUACUUCAAAUCCAGAAAAAGGAUUUCAAAGUUGCCGCCGGGGCCUCCUGGUCUCCCUCUCGUCGGCAACCUUCCCUUCCUUGACCCUGAGCUUCACACCUAUUUCGCUGCCGUGGCUCGAAAAUAUGGACCAGUUGUCAAGCUUCAACUAGGAACCAGGAUUGGCAUACUGAUCACCUCCCCUGCCCUGGCCCGUGAAGUCCUCAAGGACCAUGGCAUCACGUUUGCUAACCACGACAUGCCCGCGGUCGGGGGAGUAGCAACGUACGGUGGCUCUGACAUCGUAUGGAACCCUUACGGACCCGAGUGGCGGAUGUUGAGGAAAGUCUGUGCGGUCAAGAUGCUGAGCAACACGACUCUGGACUCUGUUUACACGCUCCGGCGCAGGGAGGUCCGGGGAACCGUGGCUUAUAUCAACAGUCGGGGCGACCAGAGGGCUGCCCUCGGGGCAGAGUUCCGGGAGGUGAUCUCUGACAUCACUGAGCUUUUGGGUUUGCCCAACAUUUCGGAUUUCUUUCCGGCUCUGGCUCGAUUUGAUUUGCAGGGUUUGGCCAAACGGAUGGGGAAGCUGGCAAAGAAGCUGGAUACAAUAUUUGAUAGGAUAAUUGAGCAGCGGCUGAAGUAUGGAGAUGAAGAAGAAAACAAGGAUUUCUUGCAGUUUCUAUUGAAGUUGAAGGAUGAAGGCGAUCCUAACACCCCUUUCACCAUGACCCACGUCAGAGCCUUGCUCAUGGAUAUGGUGGUAGGCGGAUCUGACACAUCCUCCAACUCAAUAGAGUUUGAAGGAACACAGCACCAGCGCGCGAGUUCCUCGAACCCAGGCGCGGGUUCCUCGAACCCAGGCGCGGGUUCCUCGAACCCAGGCGCGGGUUCCUCGAACCCAGGCGCGGGUUCCUCGAACCCAGGUGCUGGGUUCCUUCAAAGGAACCCAGGCGCGGGUUCCUCGAACCCAGGUGCUGGGUUCCUUCAAAGGAACCCAGGUGCUGGGUUCCUUCAAAGGAACCCAGGGCCUGGGUUCAGGGAAUCAGGCGAACCCAGCACGCCUGGGUUCGAUGGAAUCCAGGGCCUGGGUUCGAUGGAAUCCAGGGCCUGGGUUCGAUGGAAUCCAAGGCCUGGGUUCAGGGAACCAGGCGAACCCAUCCCAAAUCAUUGGGGAUGGAUAUUCUAUUUUUAUAUGAUAAUUGUAAUUUUUGCAACUUAGAUUGGAAGAGAACUAGCAAGAGAAGCUGGAAAUU